AUGAUAGUUCCUACGUCGGCUAUAAUUUUAGUUUUAGUCUUUGGAAUUUUCUGUUUUGGUUACGCAUUUUCAGCUGAUUGGCUUUCUGGCCAAACUUCAUCCAUGAACAGACUAGAUUACAUUUCACAGACAAGAUUUUACAUUGCACUGUCUAAUGUUGAUUUAGUCUUGCAAUACUCCCAAGAACACGGAAAGCUACAAUACUACAUAGAUGCGAUGAAAGGUCUGAUGAGAAGCACAGAUCCAGUUUUCAUCAACGUUUUAGAUGAUAUGCUUCGAGAGAUGCUCUUAUUUACAAAUAAUGCAUCCACAAAAUUCCAAGAACUUAUUAACAACAUAGCAGAACUUUCAUUAAUUGGUGAAGAUAUAUAUUCCUUCGCGGGAUCCCUUCUUAAACCCGAGAAAUCAGUUUAUUCAUGUGGAGGUCCUAGAGGUAAAGCAGGUUUAUAUAAUAUAUCAAUAUCGGGAUUGAUAGCUAUGUCCAUUUCCCAUCAAAGAGAGUUCGCUGGACGUGAUUCUGUUUAUAAUUUAAUGAAAGAACCUACAUACUGUGAACUUUUCCUGAAUUUCCAGGUUUUCUACGAAGAAACAACAGCUUUAUUCGAUAAAGUAUGCGAUUAUCAAAGGCAGAGUCUGAGGAUUUAG